AUGAUGUCCUUCUCCUUGCACAAGAAGAUGAACCUGAUCCAUCAUCUUACCACUAUGGGUUCACUUCCCGGCUUCUUGCUAACGCUGUUUUUCCUCGGACAAAAAAUUGAGACCACGUUGAUGGUGCACGGACUGCGACUCCAGUCUUCAGGUGGGUCCAUAACUCCCGCUACAGCGUCUUCAGGAGUUCUACAGGAAGAUCUGGCAGACCUCCAAAAUGACAUCAAUGAAGCCGUAGUUCUUGGAGUAUAUCCUACCACUUGCUCCUUGACGGCGGACGCCAAUGAGCAGAAAGAGGAUCAAGACGUUGGAGCACCUGAUGUUACGGGUAGGUUAACCAGGUGGGCUUUUGUUACCGUUUGUUAUGGCUCUCUCCUUUAGGUGGGGACAGCCAUAACAAGCGGGGUAAACGAACACCAAAAACCUCCUUCUAAUGAUGACUCUUCUAUAUCUAUUUCCUCGAUGGCGGAGAACUACAAGGAGGACGGUCAAAACGUUGGUGGAGGAGCACCCCGCCCUCCUGCAGCUGCUGUUCCUGAGUCUACUUCCGUGAGGAUUCUGAAAAUGAACGGGGAAUCUUUCACCGUGGGAUGCCAUGAUGAUAUCAAUGGAGGUAUGACGAAAGUGCUUCACCUGAAAGAACGCAUCGAACAGAUCAAAAACAUUGAUCGUAAGUUGCAAAGGCUUGUGUUGGACAGUCGCGAGUUGUUGGAUGAUGAGUCUCUCGCAGUUGCCCUUGGACGAGGGAAGGACGAUGGACCAACUACAGGAGGUGGAGGUGAUAUUUUUUUCCUGGCGCACACACACACAUCGAUAUUUUCAGUACCUAGAUGUAUACCACGAUGAAACAAUUUUCUGGUGUAGGACGAUAGGUAGAGAAGUUGGGCAACGUCGAUCAAUACACGACAUAAAGAUUUUUAUACCUCCAAGUAGUUGCUGAUUGCAGCUGCCUAUGUAGUUCUUGAGCGCGACUAUAAAAAUCAUGCUGAAAAUGACAUUACAACACCAGGUUCUUCGACCUCUUCAUCGACGCUGGUACCUCGGACUAGUCCAGGAGAACGAGGAGUCGUGACGAUUCAGUUGAUUGUAUGAUACUCCUCAUUGAGAACGAAGAUGAUAUGGGAAUGUCCUCGUAUCUAAAUAAGCUUAGAAGACAAAAGGGGAACAACGACAUUCCCCUAUCGACAGUCUCAGUGUAUUAGAUUAGUGUUAGUUUUGGACCUAAUAAAGAUUAACUAAUCCACUAUCAUCUAGAACAACUGCAUUAUAAUUAAGUGAAAGCAUUCAUUGAGUGUUGGGCAGCCCAUGGCCCUUCAAGCUGUUGAGGGUUUGAAGAGGCUCCGCAAAGAAAUCCGCUUCCGCGGCUUGCCCAGCAUUGACGGAAGCGACCCCUUGAGUCCUUACAAUAGAUCAUGGAAGGCUGUCAUGGCUCACGUUGCUACUUUGCGGGAGUUUUUCCAACGGGAAGG